GAAGCAGCAGACCAGAGUUUACUGUUGAGUAGAAAGACAUUGAUCAGCAACGAUGAGUGGAAGAGGCAAAGGAGGAAAAGGACUCGGUAAAGGAGGCGCAAAGCGUCACCGUAAAGUCCUCCGUGAUAACAUCCAGGGAAUCACCAAGCCCGCUAUCCGCCGUCUGGCUCGCCGUGGUGGAGUGAAGCGUAUCUCCGGUCUGAUCUACGAGGAGACCCGCGGUGUGUUGAAGGUGUUCCUGGAGAAUGUGAUCCGUGAUGCCGUCACCUACACCGAGCACGCCAAGAGGAAGACCGUGACCGCCAUGGAUGUGGUGUAUGCUCUGAAGAGACAGGGACGCACUCUGUACGGCUUCGGUGGAUAAACACACUCUGUUGCUUUAUGAACACUAAAGGCCCUUUUAAGGGCCACCCACUUACUCAACAUGAAGAGCUGACCUCCUGUUACAAUGUUAUAACAAACCGUUACCAUUCAAAUCAUUAUAAAAUUAAUUAUAGU